CUUUGUGAUUCUGUUUAGGCCAGCAGAGAAGGCCUUGCAGGCCCUGACGGCCCACCACUGCAUUUGAAACGUUGUUGGAAACGUUCACAAAUCACCAGGCAGGUUACUGGAUGAACCAUCCGUCAAUCAGUUAGGAGUAGAGUGGAAACAUCUUUUCCAAGGAGAAAAGCCUUCAGUGCCAUUCUUCGCUCUUCUUUCAAUGAAGAAACUCUCUGCAGUUCUGACAAAACAGAUUCUAAUGCAGCUCUCUCUCUUUAGGAGAGCCACCAUUGUUGUUUAAAACAAGCCUCUUUGUGUUGUCCCACACCCAAACCACCCUUAUGGAUUAUGUAUGACAGUCAGAAACGGAAAGUAACAGAAUGUUUUUUUAUUUAUUAGUUUGAAUGUAACAUAGAAGACCCAUUCAAUGAAGACUGUUUGUUUCACAGGUGAAAAACUUCCUUGAACAGAACCAGAGAGAGACACGGAUGAGUGAGAUGGGAGGAGGGAGCCCACAGGAAUCUGAGGACAAGCCUCCCGUUCUGGAAGAAGUACCGAGAGAGAAAGAGGAGAGGAAGACGAAAGGUGCUGAGGAAGGAAGUAGAGAGGCCAUGGAAGGAGAUGGUCGUUAUUCUCUGUCCAGUUUAGAUGCAGGGAGAAACUUCAGCUCUGCCACUGUGGACAGUGAGAGAGAGGAGGAUGAGGAGGAGCAGCCCGGCAGACAGGUGACGUGUCUAGAAACUCCUCACUUUCUCAUGUCUGACGCACUUGAAGGCAGCACUGAGUUGAGUGGGAAGAAUGGAAAGAAACCGAAGAAGAAGAAGGGCAAGCGAGGGAGGAGGCAGCCGGUCCCAGCAGAGAUGGCAGCAGAACCUGAGCUGGCUAAAUACUGGGCCCAACGCUACAGACUCUUCUCCCGCUACGAUGAAGGGAUCCGGCUGGACCGAGAGGGCUGGUUCUCUGUGACACCGGAGAGGAUCGCCGAGCAUAUCGCCCUCAGGGUGGAGCACAGCUUCCCAGACUCCCAGCUGGUCGUAGACGCCUUCUGCGGUGUGGGAGGAAAUGCCAUCCAGUUCGCCCUCACUGGAAAGAGAGGUAAGCCCAAUGUUUGUCUAUGUUCUUCCACCUCCAUUCACUUCUUUCAGUGCCUUAUAUCGAUGGUGACACUUUUCUUUCAUCAGCGGCUGUGGUUGACUGACGCUGAUACAUUAGACAAUAUUAUCGGCUGAUUUCAUUUUAAUCAGAUAUAUGUGACGGUGUAUUUGUCAGUUGGGCUGCUCGCUCUAGUUUUGUGUUGGCUUAUAUCCUGGCUUCCGCAAACCGUAAUUCUUUUAUAGAUUUAUCGGGUAAUCCAGUAAAAACAAAUCAUUACGACAAUGAAAGUGACUUGUAGUAAGCACGUAUCAGCAUUUUUAGAUUAAUUUGCGAUGGAAAUGGUCCAAGGUGAAAGCAAAUGUUUUUGUCACCUUUUAUUAAUCUGUGUUUCAGAGGCUGUUGUGGGCUGAAGGUGGGAAGAGGGCUAAGUAAUGCUCUGAAAAAAUUGAAUGAGGAAAAAACAGGCAUGGCCAUAUUCCCAGUGGUCCCUUGAGCUCUCACCUCAAGAAAUGUGAAUGAAAAUGGGUUUUAUGGGUUGAACCCAUUGCAGUUUGGGGAAAAAAAUCAUUGUGUUUAGGAUUGGAAAGCUGAGACUCCUUUAGAUCCAAUGAGCCCGAUUGUCUUCAUGUGUGAUGUUAGUCCCCAUAGUAGCCAUUUAACUUGAUGUCACUGUGUAGAAUUACCUGAUGCGACCUCGAGUGAAAAUACAGCCUCGUGAAACUUUACAGCCACAAACAAGAGAUCGAGGGCAUUCAGAGGAUGCGUGGCUUUCCUAGGUAUAUGGACAAUAAGGGGGUUCUGAGCAGUUUCCAGAACAGAAGUAAUCUCCAGCCAAUCACCGAAAAAUACAAUUCUUUAAGACAGGGGUUCUUAACCUUUUUGACCUCGAGGCCCAACUUUUCAAGUACAAAGUGUCCCGGGGCCCAUUCAAAU